AUGCUAUACCUCACAAGGCACCCCAAGCCCCUCCUGAGGUCAGAGCUGGAGACCAUCAACAACCAACAGCCAGUUCAGGGGCACGAGAAUUGGGAGGUAUUUGAACAUCAGGCUCUCCGCCAGUUUGAUCUCUUCACCAGUGACGGGCGCGCGGCCAAAGGGCUGGGCUGAGCCGGCCUCGCAAAAUGAUACUCAAGCGCGGCCAAAAGGCUGGGCUGAGCCCGCCUCACAAAACGAUGCUUUAGUGCCGCCAAAAGGCAGAGCUGGGCCCGCUUUACAGCAUGGUACUCAAGCGCGACCAGAAGGUUGGGCCAAGCUCGCCUCUCAACGGGGAUUUCUGGGACCGGUCUUGGUCCUAGAUGACCCUAAAAGUGCACGGCCAGGUGCUAGCUCGAGCCGACCUGGUGGGUCAAGCGACAAAGCGCCUGCAGCCCGAUUAUAG